AUGGAUCACCACAACACCCUGUUUUGCCAAUCCGAACGUGUUCCCUCUCACCCAUCAUCCGCAAAGUACAAGCGAGAAAGAACAAGAGGAAAAAGGAACACUGUGUGUGGCGUCCAAAACGCAUUGAGGUCAGCCCACAGUGGUUGGUGGAGGCAGACGAGUUUCAAGCACGCUUAAAAGCUUUUUGUCCCUUUGGAAAGAUCGGCGAUCGGCCGCCCUCUUGCCGACGGUCGUUCCGGUUUCUGAGGUACGCGCCAUCGACAUGGACGGCGGCAGCGGCGAUUUUCUCGCGCCCUCAGCGGUUUUGAACGGCUUUGACCACAUCGAGGAUAGGUUGUAAAUGCGAAUUUAAGCGUUCUUGGGGUUCGGAAGAACUAUGAGAUGUUAGUUCAGCGUACUCAGGAAAGAUUUUAAGGAAAUACACCGGAAUUAGCUCACAAAAGUUGACAACCUUUUUCAGCUAAGGUCUAUAAGUUUUGUGAAAAAGGUGAUAAUUUUUUUCUAUUUUUUCUUUGCAAAACUCAAAAUUUUUUGACGUUCUCGAUACUGUUUGAAAUUCAGUUAGUGGGAAGUAUUAAGAUCGAUUGAGAAUAUUCGGAUGUACAUGGAAUCGGUAACCCAGACUAUUUCAUCAUUUUCAAGAUAUUGUUUUUGCUAUUGGUCUAAUUUUUUCUUCUCAAAGUUCUGACUUCGAAAAAAAAGAAAGGAAUGUGAGGAGAUCUUUAAGCAAAUAGAUACUAAGCGACGUUGGUUUUGAAAACCGCUUCAACUGGGCGAUUAUUAAAGAGCUACCGUAAUACUAUCUGAUCUUUUGUGCAGAAUAGUUCACCGGGGCUAUUAUCCGGGCUUCAGCUAG